GAAAAAGCUCAUGAACUUGAACCUCCAAUUCCACUAUUAUAAUCUUCAACUCCCCUCAUCUUCCUCUCCUCCAAAAACCACCUCAAAGCCUUCACUCCCAUGGCUUCCAUAUCCACCUUCUUAUCUAAAAUCCCAUCCUCCCUCCCCUCCUCCUCCAAAAAAGAUCCAUCCCCCUUCUCCUCCACCUCCCUCUUCAUCUCCACCAAGAAAAGACCUCCACCGCCUCUCCGGCCAUUCCAUCUCUCCCCUCGCGCCACUGCCGCCAAAAGCGGCACCUGGAAACCCUCCGCCGGCAGCGACGAGCGAGUCCACCAGGUCCACAGCAUCGCCGAAUUCGACGCCGCCCUCCGGUCCGCCAAGAGCAAGCUGGUGGUCGUCGAGUACGCCGCCAGCCACAGCCCCAACAGCCGCCGCAUCUACCCUUGCAUGGUGGAGCUCAGCCGCAUGUGCGACGACGUCGACUUCCUCUUCGUCAUGGGCGACGAGUCCGACGACACCCGCGAGCUCUGCCGGCGGGAAGGCAUCGACAGGGUCCCCCACUUCAGCUUCUACAAAGGAAUGGAGAAGGUCCACGAGGAGGAGGGCAUCGGCCCGGACCAGCUGGUCGGCGACGUGCUCUACUACGGCGACAGCCACGCCGGCGUGGUGCAGCUCCAUUGCCGGGAGGACGUCGAGGCGCUGAUCGACGAGCACCGGGGGCCCGAGGGGAAGCUGCUGGUGCUCGACGUCGGGCUGAAGCACUGCGGGCCCUGCGUGAAGGUCUACCCGACGGUGAUCAAGCUUUCGAGGUCGAUGGCGGACGCCGUGGUGUUCGCCAGGAUGAACGGCGACGAGAACGAGAGCUGCAUGGAGUUCUUGAAGGAUAUGGACGUGGUGGAGGUGCCCACCUUCUUGUUUCUGAGGGAUGGGAAGGUAUGUGGGAGGUACGUUGGGUCAGGCAAGGGGGAGCUCAUAGGGGAGAUCCUUAGAUACCAAGGGGUAAGGAUUACUUAAGAAAUUUUUUUGGGGAACUAAAACUGUUAGAAGAUAUUCUUCUCCACUGAUUUCAUACAUAAAAGAUCUAUAAAAUGGUUGUAUGAUUGAGAGAAAAGCAGGUUUGAGUAUGGAAUCUAUAUUUUAGAAAGUUUUCAUGAUGUAUAUCUGGUCAUGGAGGAUUCUAUGAUCCAUUGAUCCAUUGGAAUUGGGAGGUCAAAAGAUCUUUU